CGUAAUCAACACAAGUCGCAGUCUGAGCUGAACCUUCACCGCUUUGUGGGUGAACCGAUUAGGAAGGGAAUGCAGCUGUACUUAACAGUCCGUGGAGGGAGGUCUGGAUGUGAUUUAAUUGGCGGACAGCAGCUUCUUACAGCGUGCUCGGGGAGUUUGGCCAGAUUUAUUGAUCUUCUGAGAGAAACACGGGGUCCUUGCUUACCGUCUGAAUGCCAUAUUUAUUAUGUAAGAAUCAAAUAAGACAAACAAAUCUACUGCUACUGAUUCUAGAGAAAAGGUUUCAUCAACCCGCGUAGAUGAAAUGAAUUUUAUACAACAAAAAGGCGGAAAAUGAAUGGCAAAAAAUUCUCUUUUCUUCUGGUCUGACGGGGUGCCACAAUUAUUCUUAUAGUGUACCUUACCGAAGAAACGUCUGUAGUAAGUAAGGGCCAGUAUGGUGGGCAAUAGUACAGUUUGGGGUGCGUGAUAGGCACAAGUUUGCAAUAGUACAUUUAGGGGUGAGUGUACUUUCUUUGGUGUUUGCACGGUUUGAGAGACGAUAUGAAGGCCACGUACUUGCCUGCUUGCCGUUACUGAACGACGCAUGUGUACUCGGUCAUAUAAUCACUGCACAGUUCCUGGAGUCGCUACCAACAUGAGAAAGGUUUUGCGCACUUACUCACCCCAGGUGUAUUAGCUUCCAUGUGAUUGGUAGUCUCUCUGGUUCAUUUGCAUAAGUGUUUGUUCCAGUAGACUAUUAAUGAACCAAUCAUGUGCAAGCACGGCAAGUCCUUGAUGGUAACUGAUAGUGAUUGAAACUCAGGGUUAACGAGCAAGAGGUCUCCGAAAGUAUAAAAACUGGUACAAUUUUUGGAAUAAACAGAAACCGUUUUUGUCAGAACCUGCAAUUAAUUCUUAGCGAGUACAGCUGUACAUUUUACCCAAGGCAAGUUCCGUAGUUUACAAAUUGGUAAGCAGCAGACAUCUCAAAGUGCACUCUGCCUGCCAGUAACACGGUAUUAUCACAAACUUCGAAUCACACGAGCGCAAAUUCCCUCUUUCGUAUAGUUUUGCCAAAUAGCAGACAUGGUGUUGGUUGAUCUUGUCGUAUUUUGGGUCGUUCUUCUUUCUGUUAACAUUUUUUUAAGCUGGAGGGCAAGAAGCCGUUUAAACCUACCCCCCAGACCACCAUCUAUCCCUCUUCUUGGUAAUUUCUAUGUUUUCAUGAGCAACCGGCCAAUCUAUAAGGUCUUCAAGGAGCUAGCAGAUAAGUAUGGAAGCAUUUUCUCACUGAAGCUGCCCAUGGGUCGCUUUGUGGUCCUGUCCGAGGUGGAUGUCAUACGGGAGGCCUUUCUGCAUCGCUCGGAAGAUUUCUCGGGCCGACCCUACAUGUACUCUGUCAGCCUUAUGACUCGCAAUAAUUGUGGCAUAGCUUUCAGUGACUACAGUCCAUCCUGGCGCAUGCACAGACGAACAACAGCACUCGCAAUCCGGAGGAACAUGAAAGGGUACAACUGCAUGCCGACCUCGGCUAAGAUUCAAGAAGAAGUCGCACAAUUGAAUAAGUUACUGUCCAAGAAAGAUGGCAUGUACACUGACAUCAGUACGGAGUUGAAUCUGUCUGUCCUUAAUGUCAUUUGUGACAUGACAUUCGGACAGCGUUAUGAAAUCACGGACACAGAUUAUCAGCAGAUGCUGGAUUGCAACAGUAAGUUUUCAGCAGUCUUGGAGCCCGGAGAUCCCAUAGACAUCAUUCCAGCCCUCAAGAUAUUUCCAAGCAAGAAACUCCGAAUCGUCCAAGAGAUCAUCAAGACACGUGACUCCAUCCUGCAAAAAAAAUACGACGAACACUUCCGUACCUUCGACUCCAACAACAUCCGGGACUUGACCGACGCCUUCAUAGACACCAUGCUUGAAAGCAAUAAUGACGAUUGCGAAAGCGUACUCACCGAAGAUCACGUUGUCAUGGCAAUGUGGGAGCUCUUUGUUGGAGGCUACGAAGCCACGUACAAAUCACUGAUGUGGGCAAUAAUCUACAUAUUAAACAAUCCAGAGGUGCAAGAUCAGAUUCAACAUGAAUUAGAUGAGAACAUUGGGACACGUUUGCCUUUGUGGGAUGACCGUCAUGAGCUUCCGUACCUGGAGGCGACCAUAUUAGAGACAUUACGUUGCAGUUCUUUCUCUUCGAUGAAUGGACCAAGGAGGACAAGAUGUGAUACCAAGGUGCAAGGAUAUGACAUACCCAAGGACUCAACAGUCUUUUGUAACCUGUGGUGGGUUCAUCACAAUCCUAAAUAUUGGAAGCAUCCAAUGAGCUUUCGGCCAGAGCGCUUCCUAGACGAGGAUGGCAAAGUUUUCACUCCUAAGAGUUUCAUGGCAUUUUCCAUCGGCCGCCGAGCUUGCCUUGGGGAGAACCUGGCCAAGAUGGAGCUGUUCAUGUUCCUGGGGGGCAUCCUGCAGCGCUUCCAGCUGAAGACACCCGCUGGGGAGAAACUCCCCGACACGGAGCCCAUGCCAGACAUGAUGAGAUCACCAAACCUCUUCAAAGUUCAGAUUACUAGCCGUUGAAGAACUCCCAAUACUAAAGACGGCUAUUGGAUGCGAUAAUAAAGGAACGUUUUAUACAUUUUUUAAAAAUUACACGGAAUAGUCAUUUGGUGAAUUAAUCAGUAGAUUUAAUUUUCAAGGCGAAAUUAUGCCUGCAGAGGUCAAAAUGAUCAAACACAGAAGGCAGCGAUAUAAGAAAUGGUGAAAAGAUGAUAAUGGUUAAUCUUAUCAGUCCAUUUAAUGAUGAUUAUAAGUAAACGAUGGGAGUAAAACUGAUGUGAAUAGGAUGCAUGAAAAGAUUUUUACAGAGAUCCUCUAGGACAAGGAUCCAUUUGUUGGAAACGUUCCAUGCAGUAUGCCUCUCUAACAAAAGUUAAUUAAUCUUAAUGUCUUUGGAGGUAACUUGCCUGCUACAGAAAAAUUCAACACUUAAUAUAAAUAUUUUGUACAUAAAAGUCAUCACAAUGUAUAUGGUUUUUAAUUUACUUAAUUUUUCUGCCGAAAGAACAAUUAUUUUGGUAUGUAUGGUUUGGCUUAUUUUGUACAUACAAAGAGAUAUGAUACUAACUGUAGCAAUGUAUGUCUUGUUGAGAUUUUCUGGAACACAUGCAUUUUGAUUUAAAUUGCUGAAUUUCUUUGCAGUAGUAUUCAACAGAGAAUCUAUUUUUAAUCACUCAGUAUUGCCUGGUUAUCCCUGAUGCUUCUUUUGUCAUUGGUUAGAGUUAAGACGUUUCGUGAAAUAUGAGGCAAACUAAGUGGAAUUCAGGAUAUAAAUGCAAGAGUGAAAACUCCCCCCACAAAAAAAUAAACAAACAAACACACUGUGAGCCUCGUAUAAAACCAUCCAAAAGAGUAGGAAUGAAACUAAAGAAGGAGUGAAAUCCAAUCCAAACUAAGUGAAAAAAGUGAAAACCACUCUCAAAAGAAUGAACAUUUCAAAGGAGUGAAAUUGCCACUCUGCCAAGGAGCCAUAUGAAGGAAAACUCAUAAAAGAGUUGUCGUUUAUGCUCCUGUUCUGAGUAAGUUUCACUCUUCUGGAGUGGUUUUUUCUCUUUUGAAAGAGGCUUUCAGUCUUGUUGAGUGGAUUUAAAGGGACUCCUUCUUUUUGAGAGUAAGAAUUCACUCUUUUGUCUUUAGGGAGAUAAAACUAUCUAUUACUUUCAUGAGUAUCAAACGGUCAAUCAAAAAAGAUGGUGAAAUAGCAAUAUAUGUUCCAGGUUCCUGGAAUAACAUUACGUUCAUCAAAACUGGAUCUUUUCUAGAUGUCAGCCGAUAUGUCGUCGUUAUUUCAGAAUGUACCCUCUUGUCACUAGAGCUAAGGAGGCUCUAAGAAUCUUCAGCGCUAAGAAGCUCCAUAAGAAUUUUCACAGGUGAAGGCUUUGAUGCCAUCUGAUUAUUUUCAUCGAUGGGAGUAUUAUGUACCGGUAUAGGGCCUACUGUCAGUAUAAAGACUCAGGUUUCCACUAAGCACUUACAAGGCAUCGGAACAAAAUGAUUUUCCUUGCCUACGAUAUUCCUUUGAGAACUUUUGGUACUGAGUCACAUAACAAACGGAAUAUAUAUGGAAACUUAAUGAGGACACAACCAAGAACCAUUCAUACAAUGGAAAUACCUUUUAAUUGUUUCCUGUGUACUUUUCUGCCGUAUUCGUGACUUUGUAGGCACCCAAAUUUUUAUAGAUGCUGAAAAAAUGCUUACAUACAAGGUUUGGAGGAAAUUAGAACAAGGCUGAACCGUUGAGGGCACAUGAUAAAUUGAUAUUUUUUCUUUAAAUUUGUUGACUGCAUUUCUGUAUUACUUUGAGUUCGUUUUCUGUACACGUGCACUAGUUUAUUUUAAAAGUUUUUCUUUAAUAACUACUUUUUACAUAAAUCUAAACUUCAAAGAUAGACACCAAAAGUGAUUCGUAACACAAAUGAAGUUAUUUGUUGUGAAUUUAUGUUUCUGUUAUGUGGCUGUUUUGACUGUUUUGAGAUAGUAACACUUUUUGACACAUGUCAAGCAUUUUAUAUUGAAAUGUCAUGCCCUUCCCUGAGAAAUAUUGAACAGGACUUUGCCAGAACUAGCACUUGACGAAUAUUGAACUGGCACUUGGACCCAAGAAUAGAAAAUUUCAAAUUUGUUGUACUUAACUGCAUUAAACUUUGGAAAGCAACAUAAUAAGGAAUAGAGCAAUAUUAGGACAAAAAAUUUAUUUUUUCAUUUCAGUCUUAUUUCCGAAUUAGAAGUAUCUGAUAAAGAAAAUUCUUAUCGUGUAUUUAAUCUUUCUGAGAUCAUUUCAGAAAUGUCUACAUGCAUCCAUAAAUAGCUUGUUAAAUGCUUAA